AUGAGGCGGCUGCGGCGCUGGGCAAUCGCGGCUCUCCUGCUGCUGCCGCUGCUUCCCCCGCCCGGUCUUGGGGCCCUGGGUCCCAGUGGAGCUCUGCACUGGAGGAGCUCAGCCCAGGUGGGGAGCCCAGAGAGGCCAGAGGGCCCCGAGGUCACAGAGCCCAGUCGGCUGGUAAGGGAGAGCACCGGGGGAGAGGUCCGAAAGCAGCAAGUGGACACCAGGGUCCGCCAGGAUCCUCCCAGGGGGACGCCCGUGCACCUGGCCCAGGUGAGUUUCGUCAUCCCAGCCUUCAACUCUGACUUCACCCUGGACCUGGAGCUAAACCACCACCUCCUGUCCUCUCAGUAUGUGGAACGCCACUUCAGCCGGGAGGGGACAACUCAACACAGCACUGGGGCUGGAGACCACUGCUACUACCACGGGAAACUCCGAGGCAACCCAAGUUCCUUCGCUGCUCUCUCCACCUGCCAGGGGCUGCAUGGGGUCUUCUCUGAUGGAAACCUGACUUACAUCAUAGAGCCCAAGGAGAUGGCUGGGCCAUGGGGACCCCCACAGGGACCCCUUCCCCACCUCAUUUACCGGACCCCUCUCCUCCCAGCCCCCCUCGGAUGCAGGGAACCAGGCUGCCUGUUUGCUGUCCCUGGCCAGUCUGAUCCUCCCACCUGGCCCAGGCUGAGAAGGAAAAGGCAGGUCCGCAGGGGCCACCCCACGGUGCACAGCGAGACCAAGUAUGUAGAACUGAUUGUCAUCAAUGACCACCAGCUGUUCGAGCAGAUGCGGCAGUCAGUGGUCCUCACCAGCAACUUCGCCAAGUCUGUUGUGAACCUGGCGGAUGUGAUAUACAAGGAGCAGCUCAACACCAGAAUUGUGCUGGUUGCCAUGGAAACAUGGGCAGAUGGAGACAAGAUCCAGGUGCAGGAUGACCUACUGGAGACCCUGGCCCGGCUUAUGGUCUACCGGCGGGAGGGUCUACCUGAGCCCAGUGAUGCCACCCACCUCUUCUCGGGUAGAACCUUCCAGAGCACCAGCAGUGGGGCAGCCUACGUGGGAGGCAUCUGCUCGCUGUCCCGGGGUGGAGGCGUGAAUGAGUAUGGCAACAUGGGUGCUAUGGCAGUGACCCUGGCCCAGACGCUAGGGCAGAACUUGGGCAUGAUGUGGAAUAAACACCGGAGCUCGGCAGGGGACUGCAAAUGUCCAGACAUCUGGCUGGGCUGCAUCAUGGAGGACACUGGGUUCUACUUGCCCCGCAAGUUCUCGCGCUGCAGCAUCGACGAAUACAAUCAGUUUCUGCAGGAGGGAGGCGGGAGCUGCCUGUUCAACAAGCCCCUCAAGCUCCUGGACCCUCCCGAGUGUGGGAACGGCUUCGUGGAGGCGGGGGAGGAAUGCGACUGUGGUUCGGUGCAGGAGUGCAGCCGGGCGGGUGGCAACUGCUGCAAGAAGUGCACCCUGACUCACGACGCUAUGUGCAGCGAUGGGCUCUGCUGUCGCCGCUGCAAGUACGAGCCACGAGGUGUCUCCUGCCGAGAAGCGGUGAAUGAGUGUGACAUCGCAGAGACCUGCACCGGCGACUCAAGCCAGUGUCCCCCUAACCUUCACAAGCUGGAUGGCUACUACUGUGAUCAUGAACAGGGCCGUUGCUAUGGAGGCCGCUGUAAAACCCGGGACCGGCAGUGCCAAGCCCUCUGGGGUCAUGCGGCUGCAGAUCGUUUCUGCUAUGAGAAGCUGAAUGUGGAGGGGACAGAGCGUGGGAACUGUGGGCGCAAGGGAUCUGGCUGGGUCCAGUGCAAUAAGCAGGAUGUGCUCUGUGGCUUCCUUCUCUGCGUCAACAUCUCUGGAGCUCCUCGGCUAGGGGACCUGGGGGGAGACAUCAGCAGCGUCACCUUCUACCACCAGGGCAAGGAGCUGGACUGCAGGGGCGGUCACGUACAGCUAGCCGAUGGCUCAGACCUGAGCUACGUAGAGGACGGCACAGCCUGCGGACCCAACAUGCUGUGUCUUGACCAUCGCUGCCUGCCAGCCUCUGCCUUCAACUUCAGCACCUGCCCGGGCAGCGGGGAACGGCGCAUUUGCUCCCACCACGGGGUUUGCAGCAACGAAGGGAAGUGCAUUUGCCAGGCAGACUGGACGGGCAAAGACUGCAGCAUCCACAACCCCCUGCCCACAUCCCCUCCAACCGGGGAGACCGAGAGAUACAAAGGUCCCAGCGGCACCAACAUCAUCAUUGGCUCCAUCGCCGGGGCUGUCCUGGUCGCAGCCAUCGUCCUGGGCGGCACGGGCUGGGGAUUUAAAAACAUCCGUCGCGGAAGGUCCGGAGGGGCCUAAGUGCCACCCUGCUCCCUCCGAGCCUGGCACCCACCGUCUCGGCCCUGAACCACGAGGCUGCCUCCACCCUGCCACAGAGGGAGGCACCAUGC